AUGCCAUUUCCGAAGCACGCGCACACGAUUACGGGUGGCUGCAACUGCGGCGCUGUUCGCUAUCGAAUCGCCGUUCCACAAUACGCCGACCGUCCCCCGGCCUUCACCCUCGGCCCCUCCCCGGAUCUCGCCAAUCCCCGCACCCCCCGUCUCCCUUUCGCCCUCGCAUGUCACUGCAAUGACUGCCGCGUUGCCUCUGGUAACUCCUCUUUUGAGGCUAUUCAAACACCUGCACCACAAAUGACUGUGUCCGCUCUCCAGGUGGGCAACGGGUCCAACCUGCCGCGAUCACACACAGGUCGCCUUGUUGAGCGGCCCAUGACCGAAGAUGAAGUCACCGCUUCGGACGCAGACCGGCCGGCUUAUGUGCCUGCCCUCGAUGUCCUCCGCCCUGAUGUUCCCGGGGCCGAGGGCACUACUCUCGGCUUUUUCCACGCCUUCAUCUGCGACAAAGAGGCUGCCUCUCGCAGCUUCUGUAUCCGCUGUGGCGGCCCCGUCGCCUUUCACUGCCGCCCGCAGGCCGAAUGGUUUGGCCCCAGCUUCAAGCAGCCCGAGGGCUGGUCCGACAUUUUUGAUGUUCUUCUUGGCACCGUCGAUCGCCACCACCUCGACAAGGAAGACUGGCUCGCUGUCGAACAUGACCAGGCUUGGGACGAGGGUCUUUGCUGGAAUAAAGCUGUGCUCGUAAACGGCCGCAGCCCCGGCGCGAGACGUCACCCAUCUGGCGCCCUGUCAGACGAAGUGCCCGAGGGGGACCUGCUCAGGCCAUGA